AUGUCGAACGACCCGUCAGUGCGCCGGCUGCUCCCGCAGACUUCGCAGAUGGGUGCAUUUACCUUUGCGCCGCCUGCUUACCAGCAACCGCCACGCGAAACUCAGAAAAACUAUGUCUUCGUUGACGAACACAAUCGCCACAAGCGGUUGAAGGUUAUGAGAGCCUGCGAAGGAUGCCGAAGAAGGAAGAUCAAAUGCGACGCCGCCACCACCAACACUUGGCCCUGUUCGGCGUGCAUCCGUCUCAAGCUUCAUUGCGUUCGGCCAAAUGGAUUUGAUGGAGCUGCCGAACCCCAAGUUUACGAACCUCCACGUGCCCAGUUCGACUCGUCACCUGUUCCGGAGAGUUAUCACCAGCAGCAACUGGCUUUGACCGACCACCAACAGCUCCUUACGCAUGCUCAAGCUCCCAAAGCCACGCCGAUAUAUCCUCCUCAAACCUCCUUCCAGGACACGGCAGCGCUGUACCAUACAGUGCCGUACACGCAGCCGCAAGCUGUACCCCAGAACCUCCAGUAUGCUGCCGUGCACUCUGCAUAUGCGACCCCGGAUUCCUUUCCGACGCCCCCCUCCAUGCACCAGGUACCCCAGGUGUCACAGCUACCUCAAAUUUCUCAACAUCCUUCUUCACCUGAGGACUUUCAAUCCGAAUAUGCCCAGCAGGACUUGGCAGACCUUCUGGGUUCGCUCAAGGUCAACGAAGCAGGAACAGCUCCGUAUUUAAACAGCAAAAUGCGAUCGGCCGAUGAUGAAGAGCCCUCCGUAGAAGAGACCGAAGAGGACCAGUUUACGAAGAACCUGCCGCCUCUGACGGCGGGCAAGAUUCGCAUACCGCCCGCUCUGAUGCCGUCGGAAGAUCUGUGCCUCCACUACUUCGAUCUCUACUUUACGCACACGCAUCCUUAUGUUCCAGUGCUGGACAAGAAUCAGUUCUAUCAUCAGUGGCACAAUAACCGGGAAGCCAUUUCGCCCCUUAUCCUUGAGGCCAUUUUUGCGAUUGCUAAUCGUCUGGCUGAUGACGCGGCGCAAGGCCAGCAGUGGCUUUAUCUUGCAACACGACAUGCCGAUUCGUUUCUUGAUGUACCUCGAUUGAGCACCCUUCAGGCAUCACUGAUCCUUCUCAAGGCGAGGGAACAGGCACCGAAGAAGGGCUACUACUACCGCUCUUGGAUGAGUAUUGUCCAAUGUGUUACAAUGGCUAAGGACCUUGGGCUGGACGAGCACUAUGCGGAUCACCAAGCCGGUCGAUCAUGUGGCUUAAGUCCUGCAGAGUGUCAGCUGAGAGACAGGAUUUGGCAGACUAUCUUCAUCGUGGAGAUCAUGAUUGGUACUCCCCAAGGAAAAACGGAUCUUGCGGUCGAAGAAGAGACUGUCAAUUUUGAAGUUCCAAGACCCUUGCCCAACGGCGACACGUCGGAGUAUCAUGUAUCCCGAAAUUUUGUUUACUUUUCUAGGGUUGUUCGCAACGUCUGCCGGAUGAGCAGAGUUUAUUCACGCCUCAAGAGAAACAAGGAGUGGGGUAUCGACCCUGAAUUCGUUCAGAUUAGGCCUGCCAUGGACGCAUGGUUAACUGACCUACCACAUGACCUUCAGCUUGAUUUCCCUGUUGAUGGGUCGCCUCCGUGGUUGCCCUCCUCGUUUGUCGGCAAUAUGCAUUCGUAUUAUCACCUUAGCAUCAUUUUGUUCUACAGGCCUCAGCUGGCCCACAUGACGCCAACAGGUACUGGAGGUCAAUGGAAGCAGCACAUGCUGGUCUCAUACCGAGCCGCCAAGAUGCUUUGCAGGUUACAAGAAGGCAUUAUCAACCAGUUUGGCAUUGCCGGGUUACAGUGCAUGCAGCGAGGUAUCAACUUCACGCUAUACGCGGUCCUCGCUUGUAUCGUAUUGCAUUUAGUCGCUUUGACAUCACCGGAUCCGGCCCUCAACGCGGAGUCGCGAGAGUACUUCACACGCCACAUGCGGGUAUUAGAGAAAUGUAUGGGUGCUUGGCCAAUGCCCGAUAUGCAGCGGCAGAUCGAUUCUGUUCGGGAAGCCUUUUCCCAGGAUAUCAGGAAGCCGUUUGUUCUGAAGCCUAGCUUCCCCUACGGAAGCCCAUCGUCAACCUCGCAUCCAAGCCCACCAGGGCCGCCGUAUCGAUCCGAUAUGUCGAGGACUAGCUCCAUCGACCACCAGCUCGAUACGCAUGUGCAACAUUCUCACGUUAGUUACACCACUCAUCCCCUUUCACCGCCCCUUUCGGUUGGCCCAAUGGACAGCAAGAGUGACUCCCAUGAUUUACAGUCACUUGCAAUGAUGUCUUCCGGUCACGGGACACAAGCACCUUCCAUGGCGCAGACAAUGCCACUCACGGACGCCCCCGCGUGGAACCCGUCUCGCAUCUUUGAUCAAUGGAAUGCCCAGUUUGGCAACCCCCAGGUUCAGCAUCCUUCUCAGCUCACCAACCAUGCCAGUCCAUUGUCUCUUCCCUCUUCUGGCGCCUCGGAAACUAGCCUCCAAGACUUGCAGGCGGCCCAGGCUCAGCUUUCUCCCGUUUCACAGCAGAUGCCGCAGUACCCAACCAACCCUGUACAGACCUUCGUCACCCCUGCGAUGUGGCAAGAGUCUGUGGCUAGUGUCUACGAGGGAGGCCUCAAGCGUUCAUGGGGCGAUUACGAUGGCCAUAUGCCAGUCAAGCGUAACCGAUAA